AGAGAACAGACUCUCCCCACUCCUAAAAAUAUUUCAAUUCAAUUUUAUAUACUUAUAUAUAUAUAUAAAUAUUAAAGUGCUCUGAAAUCUCAUGCUCUUCAUCUGCACAACUCACUUCUUACAGCCCCACCAAACUGACCAUAAACCCUUAUCUUUUCAAAACCAUUUGCAUCUCCUGUCAACUCCAAUUUCCUUUUUCUUAAAUAAUAUGUACAUAUGUUUAUGUAUAUGAAUUAUUAUUUUAUUUAAAUUCUUGAUUCAAAAAAAAUAUUUAAUGAGUUAUUUUUGGCUGUAAAAUUAUUAAAAUAUGAACCCUCAUCUUUUAAUUUGAUUUUAUGUAUUAGUAUUCUAUAUAAGCAUCAUCUCUUGGAACCAACAUGUCCUAAUACCUCUUUCAACAUUUGCUCCUCAAAACUGCAUGGUUUAAGGUUUUCAGUUUCUCACUGUAUGAGUUUAAGGUGGUGGUUGGAGCUGCUGGUGUUGGAUUCUUCUCAACCCGCCCUCAUAACAUACCAUUAACAAUUCUCAUCGACAUCGAUUUUACGCUCUCUCGUCUCCAUACAUACACAUCUAUAUUGUCAUCUGUAUAAUAAGAUUCCGAGGUUACAACCAGCCUGUCGAUAUUGAACAAGGAAUUGUUUAAUUUGAUCAAAUGGAUGGUCUUGAUUGGAGCAACCAGCAGGACGAUCUUGAAGAGAGCUUGAUGAAUAUUCCUGGAUCAGACAAGAUGCAAAUGAUGUCUAAAGAUCAUGGUUUCAAUCCAGUUCAUCUGAUUCAGACACCUCAUGAUGCUGUUUUCCCCAAUGUUUUGCCACAGUGGAAUUCAAGAUCAGAAGGUGUCAACAGUUGGGGAUCAGUUGCCAUUACUGCAGAAAUGCUGCAUUCUAAUUCCUUUGACGACAAUAAUACAUUGAACAAUAUCAGUCAGCAGAAUGGCCUAAUUCUUGAUUCUGGUAUGAAGAAGCCCGUGGUCUCGACCAACACGGCCGGCUCCCUCGAGUCCCUUGAUUGCCUGCUGUCGGCGUCCAACAGCCAGACGGAUACCACAUCGGUUGAAGAUGAUGGGAUUUCAAUGAUAUUCUCCGACUGCAAAAGCUUGUGGAGCUACAAAUCUGUUCCAUCAGCCAUUUUACGGCCUGAGGAGACCACCAAACGCUUUGGCAAGGAUUCUGACACGGACGUGUCACACGACAAUCAAUCAGUCCAAAAUCAUCAUCACCACCCUAUUAAUUUCAGCAAGAGAAAGAGAGCAGAAAGUCAUCAACAGCAAAAUCUUGAUUUUCACCACCCAAAUUAUAACUACUCAGCCACAACCGAUCAUCAUCAGGGCAGUAGCAGCAGCAGCUUCCAGCGAAAACCCAAAAAGCCCAGAUUAGAUUCAUCAUCAAACAUCAAUUUCCAGCAGCCAAGCUCCUCGACAUCCUCCUCUGCCGACGAGCCCGACGCAGAGGCGAUUGCUCAAAUGAAAGAGAUGAUCUACCGCGCGGCCGCCUUCAGGCCGGUGAACUUCGGCCUGGAGACGGUGGAGAAGCCGAAACGCAAGAACGUGCGCAUAUCGAACGACCCCCAGACUGUGGCUGCACGGCAGAGGAGGGAGAGAAUCAGUGAGAGGAUUAGGGUUUUGCAGAAGCUGGUGCCGGGAGGGAGCAAAAUGGACACAGCAUCCAUGCUUGAUGAGGCUGCAAACUACCUCAAGUUCCUCAGAUCACAGGUGAAAGCACUUGAAGCAUUAGGACAGAAGAUUGAUGAUCACACAGUACUAGUCAACAAUGCAAAUCUUGGAUUCUCACCCUUUCUCAACUACUCCUUGAAUUUUCCCAUGCAUCAUCAACCCCAGUUCUCAAUCCAAAACCCCAACCAAUCCAAGAAUUAAUUAUUGGAUAUUUAUGAUCAAGUAGAAAAAAAGAAUGUUCUUGAUCAUGAUCAUGAUCAUCAUGAUGAUGAUUUUUACUUUCCAACUGAUCUAGCUUAGAUAGGCAUGAUGAUCAUGAUUGUACUUUGAGAAAAAUGUCUAAUUUUAACUAUCUGACUUUUGAUGUAAUCAUAGCCAUCAUCAUUAGAUCAUGAUGUGAUGAUGAGAAUGUAUUAAUCUUUAUCUCUUCUCAAAAAAGUUGAAAGAAUGAUGAAGCCAUCAUGGCCUUGCUAGCUAA